AUGAAGAGUUUCAUGGUUUCAGCUCUCAUAUUUAUGUACCAUGUAGUGGCCAGUCUGGAAACCGGGCAACGGUCUAUUACUUCCAGGCUCAAAGUCUUUGAUAUGCUGCUUAGGCGCAGACCCACGCGUACACAGCUUUGGAGUUUCCCCUUGGCCGAGAACAAGAAGGUUGGUGGUAAGCAGUGUCGGCCACGGUGGGAUCCGGGUCCCCGGGGCCCUGCUCCGCAAAGGACCCCGGCAGCCCGUGCCGCUCAGGACCUCAACGGCCCUUGGGGAUGCGGCGGACCCCCUCAGCUUUCGUCACCAAGGACCUCCUCGCGGACCCAGCCGGCUGUCACGCGGAAGAACCCAGCGGCUCUCGCGGCUGAGCAGACGCCAGCCUUCUGGGUCCCUCCCCAGCCCCGCCCCUCCCCCCCCCUCCCCCCCCCCGCUGCUGGAGCCCAGGCUCCCCGCCGGCAGCCAGCCCUGCCUCUGCAGCCGCGUGCGUGCACAACGCCCGCCUGGACCCCCACGGCUGAACCCCCACCGCCGUGCCUGCCCCCACGGCCAGCCCUCGCGGUGAGUCACCUGCAGGCCGCCCGCCUGACAGCGUCACCGGCCUCCAACCGGUCCCCGGGCUGCGUCGGUGCCCCGGACGGGCCCCGCGGCUGCCGGUGCGCCCGCGGUCCAACCCAGCCCCGCUGCCGGCCCAGGCCCCCCUGCCCCAACCGCACGUGUGUCUGCAACCCACCCCUGCAGGCGACCGGGCGCGCGCAACCAGAUCUGGCCACCGCCGCUGCCUCCCCUGGUCCCUAG